GUGGGGGCGUUGGCCAUGUUUCCCUUCAGUCCCUGUAGCCCGUGCGGGGAUAAGGCGGUCGGAGCAGAGGAGCCGGCGCCCCACGGGGGGCAGGCGGCAGCCGCCAAGCCGCCCUCUCCCGGUACCCCGCCCGCGCCUCCACAGGGCAGGCAGCCGGGGCAGGCACGGCCUCGGCGCGGGCCUGCGCGGCCCCGGCGCUAGACUGUUCGGGUGGCUGAGAGAGCGCAGCCUGGGCCGCGGGCUGUUCGUGGACCCGGCGCGGGACCAUUUCCGCACCAUGACCAACCUGUACGGUUCCAUCCACCCCGCGGACUCGGUGUACCUCAGCACGCGCACCCACGGAGCGGUCUUCAACCUGGAGUACUCGCCCGACGGGUCAGUACUGACAGUUGCUUGUGAACAGACUGAAGUUCUGCUUUUUGAUCCUAUAUCUUCAAAGCACAUAAAAACACUUUCUGAAGCUCAUGAAGACUGUGUAAAUAAUAUCAGAUUUCUCGAUAACCGGCUGUUCGCUACCUGCUCUGAUGACACUACAAUAGCACUGUGGGAUCUGAGAAAAUUGAACACCAAAGUAUGCACUUUACAUGGUCACACUAGCUGGGUGAAGAACAUCGAAUAUGAUACUAAUACAAGACUAUUAGUAACAUCAGGAUUUGAUGGAAAUGUCAUUAUUUGGGACACUAACAGGUGUACGGAAGAUGGUUGUCCCCAUAAGAAAUUCUUUCACACACGUUUUCUCAUGAGAAUGAGAUUAACACCAGAUUGUUCCAAAAUGUUGAUCUCAACGUCCUCUGGAUAUCUCUUGAUUUUGCAUGAUCUUGAUUUAACCAAAUCUUUAGAAGUAGGCAGCUAUCCCAUUUUGAGAGCAAGAAGAACUACAUCAAGUUCAGAUUUGACCAGUUCAGCAAGUUCAUCAAGUCCUAGAGUUUCUGGUUCACCUUGUCAUCAUAGUGAUUCUAAUUCAUCUUCAGAGAAACAUGUGUCACGAGCCUCUCAAAGAGAAGGAGUUUCACCACGAAAUAGUCUUGAAGUCUUAACCCCUGAAGUUCCUGGUGAGCGAGAUCGUGGAAAUUGCAUUACAUCCUUACAACUGCACCCCAAAGGCUGGGCUACGCUUCUUCGGUGCUCAAGCAACACUGAUGAUCAGGAGUGGACUUGUGUCUAUGAAUUUCAAGAAGGAGCUCCCAUGCGACUUGUCUCACCUCGCUGUUCCCUACGACUGACUCAUUACAUUGAAGAAGCCAAUGUAGGCAGGGGUUACAUCAAAGAACUUUGCUUCAGUCCUGAUGGGAGAAUGAUUUCUUCCCCACAUGGCUAUGGAAUUCGCUUGUUGGGAUUUGACAAACAGUGCAGUGAACUUGUUGACUGUUUACCCAAAGAAGCCAGUCCCCUGCGGGUGAUCCGUUCUCUGUAUUCUCAUAAUGAUGUGGUAUUGACGACAAAAUUCUCUCCAACACAUUGUCAGAUUGCCUCAGGGUGCCUUAGCGGAAGAGUCUCUUUGUAUCAGCCAAAGUUUUAGACACAAUUUACAUCAAAUAAGGAACUCUUGUGGCAUUGGACUUGAUAAAUUACUUCAAUUUAGGUGAAGUAUUUUCUUAGAGGAUCUGAUAAGAUUGAGUCAAGGUCCUGGUUUGUAUGGGUCCGUAAACAUCCCUGUGACCUGAGGACUUGAUCACCAGUGUCAUACAGGCGUCUCGAAGCUAGACUCCACGCAGCACCGUCUUUUUCAGCAUUCCUCUGCCCCUGCUGCUCUGUGCCACUGAACUCCAGUUACUUUGCAUGGUAGCUCUUAAGUUCCCUUGUUCUCUCCUUUUUUCCCUCCUUGCUCCCUCCGUUCCUUCUCCUUUCUCUUUUUUUUGAUUUUAGUAUGAGUUUGUAGACAUUUGGCAGGAGGUUGGAUUUGGAUAAAAGAAACCCUUGACACUAGCAUUGAAUAAAAUCCAGAAGUUGGGUGUGGGCAUACAAGUUGCUGAAAAAGAAAUUUCAUCUUCAUUUAUCAGUAUGUUUGGCCUUUUAAAGUUACUAUAUGGAGCACAGAUAAUUGCAUUAUUCUUACAACUGUUAGACAGUCUUACAACUUAGUAGCUUCCUGUUUCCUGGUAAAGUCACAUAAUUUUUUUCAUGUGGCAGAGAUUUUGUGAAAAUCUAGAAAAAAUAUUACAACUUCUUAUAAUUUACUUGUAUGAAGCUAAAAUGUCUAAUGUGUUCUUACUUGGUAUUUUAUUCCCAUCAACAGCACUAGAAAGGAAAGGAGAAGGGAUGGACUUUGGUCAUUUCUGAUAUACAGAAGAGAAUUUUUUUAUUAGAUUAGUACAAUAUCUGGCCAAAAAUGGUGAGAACACUGUAACUUAUAUUUUCUGUGUUUUCUCUGCCAGAUUCUUUGAAUCACACAGGAUGGUAUGUUAUCAAUAUUGGAUAGAAGGAAAAUCAAGAGUAAAGAUAUAGCAUCUUGCUCAAUCUUUCUUCCUUGAGCCAGGGGCCACAAGCUCAGUUCUCUUACCAUUAGUGACUGGAAAGCUGCAGUUGUCUUCAAACAGUUAUCAUAACCCUGGUGGUCAGUGACUUCCAUGUCAAGGCUAAAUGCUGAUAUGAAUACAUUUUUUGUGUUUUGUUACAGAACAUAGCAAGUAAAAACAUCAGGUAAAGACAAGUACAAGGCUGCUGCUAUGAAUAGGCAGCUGUCUUCCAGUCCUCACUACACUGAAGGACAUUGUGUUUAGAAGGGAUUUGCUGGAGGCUGGAAUAAUUGAAGCCAUGUGCUAACCUUGCCCUUUUAGGUCGCAUACUCAUUAGGCCAAUAAUUCUGAAACUUUAGGGUACAUUAUAAUCUGUGAAGAACUUGUGAAAAAUGUAGAAACCCUGAGCCUUGCCUUAGGAGAUUCUGAUUCAGGCUAGGAGAGGAUAAGAAUCUAUUUUUAGCAGGAGUCCCACAUAAUCUUUAUUCAAGUGGUCUCUGGAUCACAGUUUGAAAAACAAAACCUUAAACUUCAGUAAAUACAUCUAUAUCCAUCUGGUGCUUAAUACAAUCCCCAUAGGUGUUUUGAUUAGCUAAAUAAUAAUAAA